AGCAAAGUAACUCUUGACUAACAGGAGCAGCCUCCGCCGAGCAUGGAGAGCUGCCGCCGGGGCCGGCCGGCGACGCUGGCGACGCUUUCGCCCCAGAGGUAGUUUGGCGACCGCGAAGAAGGAAAAAGUGCGGGCGGGCGGCUGUCCUCUCCCGGUCCUCAGCCCGCGAGGCCCAGCCCGCGCCUCCGUCGUGGAUUUCGCGGCGAUCCCUCCGGCAGCUCUUUGCAAAGCUGCUUGAAACUUCUCCCAAACUCGGCAUGGAUACGGCGGCGGCGGCGCUGCCUGCUUUUGUGGCGCUCUUGUUCCUCUCCCUUUGGCCUCUCCUGGGGUCGGCCCACGGCCAGUUCUCAGCAGGUGGCUGUACUUUUGAUGAUGGUCCAGGGGCCUGUGAUUACCACCAGGAUCUGUAUGAUGACUUUGAGUGGGUGCAUGUUAGUGCUCAAGAGCCUCAUUAUCUACCACCCGAGAUGCCUCAAGGUUCCUAUAUGAUAGUGGACUCUUCAGAUCACGACCCUGGAGAAAAGGCCAGACUUCAACUGCCUACAAUGAAGGAGAACGACACUCACUGCAUUGAUUUCAGUUACCUAUUAUAUAGCCAGAAAGGACUGAAUCCUGGCACUUUGAACAUAUUAGUUAGGGUGAAUAAAGGACCUCUUGCCAAUCCAAUUUGGAAUGUGACUGGAUUCACGGGUAGAGAUUGGCUUCGGGCUGAGCUAGCAGUGAGCACCUUUUGGCCCAAUGAAUAUCAGGUAAUAUUUGAAGCUGAAGUCUCAGGAGGGAGAAGUGGUUAUAUUGCCAUUGAUGACAUCCAAGUACUGAGUUAUCCUUGUGAUAAAUCUCCUCAUUUCCUCCGUCUCGGGGAUGUAGAGGUGAAUGCAGGGCAAAACGCUACGUUUCAGUGCAUUGCCACAGGGAGAGAUGCUGUGCAUAACAAGUUAUGGCUCCAGAGACGAAAUGGAGAAGAUAUACCAGUAGCCCAGACUAAGAACAUCAAUCAUAGAAGGUUUGCCGCUUCCUUCAGACUGCAAGAAGUGACAAAAACUGACCAGGAUUUGUAUCGCUGUGUAACUCAGUCAGAACGAGGUUCCGGUGUAUCCAAUUUUGCUCAACUUAUUGUGAGAGAACCACCAAGACCCAUUGCUCCUCCUCAGCUACUUGGUGUUGGGCCUACAUAUUUGCUGAUCCAACUAAAUGCCAACUCGAUCAUUGGCGAUGGUCCUAUCAUCCUAAAAGAAGUAGAGUACCGAAUGACAUCAGGAUCCUGGACAGAAACCCAUGCAGUCAAUGCUCCAACUUACAAAUUAUGGCAUUUAGAUCCAGAUACCGAAUAUGAGAUCCGAGUUCUUCUUACAAGACCUGGUGAAGGUGGAACGGGGCUCCCAGGACCUCCACUAAUCACCAGAACAAAAUGCGCAGAACCUAUGCGAACCCCAAAGACAUUAAAGAUUGCUGAAAUACAGGCAAGACGGAUUGCUGUGGACUGGGAAUCCUUGGGUUACAACAUUACGCGUUGCCACACUUUUAAUGUCACUAUCUGCUACCACUACUUCCGUGGUCACAACGAGAGCAAGGCAGACUGUUUGGACAUGGACCCCAAAGCCCCUCAGCAUGUUGUGAACCAUCUGCCACCUUAUACAAAUGUCAGCCUCAAGAUGAUCCUAACCAAUCCAGAGGGAAGGAAGGAGAGUGAAGAGACAAUUAUUCAAACUGAUGAAGAUGUGCCUGGUCCCGUACCAGUAAAAUCUCUUCAAGGAACAUCCUUUGAAAAUAAGAUCUUCUUGAACUGGAAAGAACCUUUGGAUCCAAAUGGAAUCAUCACUCAAUAUGAGAUCAGCUAUAGCAGUAUAAGAUCGUUUGAUCCUGCAGUUCCAGUGGCUGGACCUCCCCAGACUGUAUCAAAUUUAUGGAACAGUACACAUCAUGUCUUUAUGCAUCUCCACCCUGGAACCACAUACCAGUUUUUCAUAAGAGCCAGCACAGUCAAAGGCUUUGGACCAGCCACAGCCAUCAAUGUCACCACCAAUAUCUCAGCUCCAACUUUACCUGACUAUGAAGGAGUUGAUGCCUCUCUCAAUGAAACUGCCACCACAAUAACUGUAUUGUUGAGACCAGCACAAGCCAAAGGUGCUCCUAUCAGUGCUUAUCAGAUUGUUGUGGAAGAACUGCACCCACACCGAACCAAGAGAGAAGCGGGAGCCAUGGAAUGCUACCAGGUUCCUGUCACAUACCAAAAUGCCAUGAGUGGGGGUGCACCCUAUUACUUUGCUGCAGAACUCCCUCCCGGAAACCUGCCUGAGCCUGCCCCAUUCACUGUGGGUGACAAUCGGACCUACCAAGGCUUUUGGAACCCUCCUUUGGCUCCACGCAAAGGAUACAACAUCUAUUUCCAGGCAAUGAGCAGUGUGGAGAAGGAAACUAAAACCCAGUGUGUACGCAUUGCUACAAAAGCAGCAGCAACAGAAGAACCAGAAGUGAUCCCAGAUCCCGCCAAGCAGACAGACAGAGUGGUGAAAAUAGCAGGAAUUAGUGCUGGAAUUUUGGUGUUCAUCCUCCUUCUCCUAGUUGUCAUAUUAAUUGUAAAAAAGAGCAAACUUGCUAAAAAACGCAAAGAUGCCAUGGGGAAUACCCGGCAGGAGAUGACUCACAUGGUGAAUGCAAUGGAUCGAAGUUAUGCUGAUCAGAGCACUCUGCAUGCAGAAGAUCCUCUUUCCAUCACCUUCAUGGACCAACAUAACUUUAGUCCAAGAUAUGAGAACCACAGUGCUACAGCAGAGUCCAGUCGCCUUCUAGACGUACCUCGCUACCUCUGUGAGGGGACGGAAUCCCCUUACCAGACAGGACAGCUGCAUCCAGCCAUCAGGGUAGCUGAUUUACUGCAACACAUUAAUCUCAUGAAGACAUCAGACAGCUAUGGGUUCAAAGAGGAAUAUGAGAGCUUUUUUGAAGGACAGUCAGCAUCUUGGGAUGUAGCUAAAAAAGAUCAAAAUAGAGCAAAAAACCGAUAUGGAAACAUUAUAGCAUAUGACCACUCCAGAGUAAUUUUGCAACCCGUAGAGGAUGAUCCUUCCUCAGAUUAUAUUAAUGCCAACUAUAUUGAUGGCUACCAGAGACCAAGUCAUUACAUUGCAACCCAAGGUCCCGUUCAUGAAACAGUAUAUGAUUUCUGGAGGAUGAUUUGGCAAGAACAAUCUGCUUGCAUUGUGAUGGUUACAAAUUUAGUUGAGGUUGGCCGGGUUAAAUGCUAUAAAUAUUGGCCUGAUGAUACUGAAGUUUAUGGUGACUUCAAAGUAACUUGUGUAGAAAUGGAACCACUUGCUGAAUAUGUAGUUAGGACAUUCACCCUGGAAAGGAGGGCCUACAAUGAAAUCCGUGAAGUUAAACAGUUCCAUUUCACGGGCUGGCCUGACCAUGGAGUGCCCUACCAUGCUACAGGGCUGCUUUCCUUUAUCCGGCGAGUCAAGUUAUCCAACCCCCCCAGUGCGGGCCCCAUCGUUGUACAUUGCAGUGCUGGUGCUGGACGAACUGGCUGCUACAUUGUGAUUGACAUCAUGCUGGACAUGGCUGAAAGAGAGGGUGUUGUUGAUAUCUACAAUUGUGUCAAAGCCUUAAGAUCUCGACGUAUUAACAUGGUCCAGACAGAGGAACAGUACAUUUUUAUUCAUGAUGCCAUUUUAGAAGCCUGCUUAUGUGGAGAAACUGCCAUACCUGUCUGUGAAUUUAAAGCUGCAUAUUUUGAUAUGAUUAGAAUAGACUCCCAGACUAACUCUUCACAUCUCAAGGAUGAAUUUCAGACUCUGAAUUCAGUCACCCCUCGACUACAAGCUGAAGACUGCAGUAUAGCGUGCCUGCCAAGGAACCAUGACAAGAACCGUUUCAUGGACAUGCUGCCACCUGACAGAUGUCUGCCUUUUUUAAUUACAAUUGAUGGGGAGAGCAGUAACUACAUCAAUGCUGCUCUUAUGGACAGCUACAGGCAACCAGCUGCUUUCAUCGUCACACAAUACCCUCUGCCAAACACUGUGAAAGACUUCUGGCGAUUAGUGUAUGAUUAUGGCUGUACCUCCAUUGUGAUGUUAAACGAAGUCGACUUGUCCCAGGGCUGCCCUCAGUACUGGCCAGAGGAAGGGAUGCUACGAUAUGGCCCCAUCCAAGUGGAAUGCAUGUCUUGUUCAAUGGAUUGUGAUGUGAUCAACCGGAUUUUUAGGAUAUGCAAUCUAACAAGACCACAGGAAGGUUAUCUGAUGGUGCAACAGUUUCAGUACCUAGGAUGGGCUUCUCAUCGAGAAGUGCCUGGAUCCAAAAGGUCAUUCUUGAAACUGAUACUGCAGGUGGAAAAGUGGCAGGAGGAAUGCGAGGAAGGGGAAGGCCGGACGAUUAUCCACUGCCUAAAUGGUGGCGGGCGAAGUGGCAUGUUCUGUGCGAUAGGCAUCGUUGUUGAAAUGGUGAAACGGCAAAACGUUGUCGAUGUUUUCCAUGCGGUAAAGACACUGAGGAACAGCAAGCCAAACAUGGUGGAAGCCCCGGAGCAAUACCGUUUCUGCUAUGAUGUAGCUUUGGAGUACCUGGAAUCAUCUUAGUUGGGUGAGACUCUUUAACGUGCAUCUAUGAAGAAACCUGUUCAUCUAUUGAGCCAGCAACUGUUGUACCUGUUACACUUGUGCAGAAAGAUUUUAAUGUGGGGGGUGGGAGACUUUUACAUUUGAGAGGUAAAAGUAUUUUUCUUAUGAAGUUGUGUAUCUUAAUAAAAAGGACUGAAUUAGUUUUUAUUACUAUAUUAAAGCAUCAACAUUUCAUGCCACAUAAAUUAUAUUUAAUAAGAACCAGAUUGAAAUGAGAACUUAUUGGUGUUUGUACAGUGAACAUGCCACCUUUUUUCUCAUGGUUUCAGUAGAACAGCUAUCAUAUGUUGCAUGAGUUCAUACUUUCUACGUGGCAUUUUUCUCCCUUUCUAAAAUGAAAGCUGAUGAAUCUUAAAAGGAAGAAGAAAAGAAAAGCUGUGCAAAUUCAUAGUAAAGUUCAUUUUUUAUAUGUUUCCAGUGUAGCAGAUCUCUAUAUAAAUAUAUAAAUAUAUAUAACUGGCUUAUUUUCUUUUAAUGUGCAAUGAUGGCUGGAUCAUUUAAAAAGUUCUUUUUAGAAAAUAACAUAAGCCAAAGACUCAAGUGUAAAUAUGUCUAUAUGGAGAAAGCACAUUAUAUUUAUUGGUUACUUACAUUCCUUUUUUGAUGGCUAAAAUACUACCACCACACAAUCAUCUUUUUUUUUUCUGAAGAAAGCUUUUUCUUUAGCUAAAAUCAAUUGUAAACGAUUUUUGUAGAUUAUUUUUUGUAUGUUUUAGUGUAAGUAGAGGAUAAACUUUUUAUUCAUAAACCAGGAAGCAAUGUUCUUUAUAGUGAUUCUCUUGUGUACAUGCUUGUGAAUUAAAUUUGUGUAAAAUCCUUUGGCAAUUGGGUCUUUUAAUAUAGGACCAAAUUAAAACAUUUUGCUGAAAAUGUAUAGUUUUUCACAAUUUCAUUCGGUAAAUAAUGGUUUGGUGAUCAUACAUAAGAAAUGUACACAUUAAAAGGCCUUGCUGACAACUUACACAAUGUUGAACACAGCCUUUAAGCAUCGUUUAAAUUUUAAAGGAAUUGAUUUUUUCAGCCUGUGGCCCAGCACUGGUCAGGAAAACAAGAUGGCAACAUACAUGCUUUCAGGGUCAAAUUUUAGCAAACUGUAAACUGUUAGGGUGAUAAAAUGUUUCUCUUGAUGUUUACAUGCACAAGCUUUGGAUUCUGACUAUAAAAAGUGUGAACAAAUCAAUGCCAGAUUCCUGUUUUGUGCAUUGUCAUGGGAUUCUUAAGUGAACAUUUCUAAAUGUGGUCUUGUUCACAUGCUCCAUGUAGCUGUAACUUCACGUCAUCAGCUUGCAGUUUGUAAUUGACUAAAGCAUUCCAGUGUCCUCUUUCUAGAUUGCCAGCUCAUGACAUGGUGCUUAUAAAGAUUUAAUUAAAGUAAGAAUGAAAUAAAGUUUUUAUAAUUAUAA